AUCUCGGCCGGUCCGAUCGAUAUAAAAGGCUUCUGGUCCUCCUCGUCUUCCUCUCAUCCUCAUCCUCUUUCUAUCCUUCUUCUUCUUCUACUACUUCUCACCAACAUCCGCAAUGAAAGUCCUCGCAGUCCUCUACAAGGCCGGCUCCCACGCCAAAGACGAACCCCGCAUGUACGGCUGUCUCGAAAACGAGCUCGGUCUCCGCCAGUAUCUCGAGUCCAAGGGCCACACCUUCGUCGUAACCGACGACAAGGAGGGCGAGAACAGCACCCUCGACAAGGAAAUCGUCGAUGCUGAGAUCGUCAUCACCACCCCCUUCCACCCCGGCUACAUCACCCGCGAGCGCAUCGAAAAGGCAAAGAACCUCAAGCUCGCCGUCACCGCCGGCGUCGGCUCCGACCACAUCGAUCUCACCGCCGCCAACGAGCGCAAGAUCACCGUGGCUCAAGUCACCGGCUCAAACGUCACCUCUGUCGCUGAGCAUGUCGUCAUGACCAUCCUUGAUCUUGUCCGCAACUUUGUGCCCGCCCACGAGCAAAUCAUCUCCGGCGGAUGGGACGUCGCUGCCGUGGCCAAGAACUCGUUCGACGUCGAAGGCAAGGUCAUCGCCACCAUCGGCUCCGGCCGCAUCGGCCAGCGCGUGCUCAAGCGUCUUGUGCCCUUCGAUCCCAAAGAACUCCUCUACUACGACUACCAGGCCCUGCCCAAGGAAGUCGAGGAGGAGCUUCACGCCCGCCGCGUCGAGUCGCUCGAGGAGCUGGUCUCCCAGGCCGACAUCGUCACCGUCAACUGCCCACUGUACGAGUCCACGCGCGGGCUGAUCAACAAGCAACUACUCUCCAAGUUCAAGCGCGGCGCGUGGCUCGUCAACACCGCCCGUGGCGCGAUCUGCGUCAAGGAAGACGUCGCGGCCGCGCUCGAGUCCGGACAACUUCGCGGAUACGGAGGAGAUGUGUGGUUCCCGCAGCCGGCGCCGGGCAACCAUCCCUGGCGCGACAUGCGCAACCCGUACGGCGGCGGUAACGCGAUGACGCCUCAUAUCUCGGGUACAUCGAUUGACGCGCAGAUCCGCUACGCCGAGGGAACAAAGAAUAUUAUCGACACGUACCUCAAUGGCACGAACGAUUAUCGUCCGCAGGACCUUAUCGUUAUCGAUGGGCACUAUGCCACUCGUGCGUACGGCAGCGACAAAAAAUAGAUGUAUAAAUGAUCUGUGGAUCUAAUUGUCUGUUUCUCUCCCCUCUUAUGACUUUUGAAGUGAAUAUCAAUGAAUAUCAAUUGAGUGAUUAUCUG